UGUUUCUUGAGCAAUUAUUUUCAUUUUUGCCUUAAUGUGAAAUCUUUUGGUUUGAUCAGAGCAGCUGAAUAAAAACAGUAGCAAAAGCGAGGCUAGACCAGCAAGUAAUUUGCUGGCUAGCAGAGAUUUUUGCGUGGUGCUCUUGAAAUCCCAAAUAAAAAAAAAAAAAAAAAAAAAAAGUCCACAUGAGCCCUCAAAACGUAUCAAAGACGAGCAAAUCCCUUGAAGGUCUCCAUGGGGUUCAUGUGGUUUCUCAUUCGCCUUUCGCCUACGAACAUAUCAGCAAAGUAUCUUGCUUUGAAUCCUCUGAUGCAGGAACAAAACAGAGUCUUUUCAUUGAACGUGUUUGGCAACAAAGACCACCAUGCCUAAGACCCAUCCAUUGCUGCAUCCACGGUGAUCGGAGUCUCUUAGAAACAGCUGCUAAUGUGAUCACAUCGCUCCCUUUCGUUGUCCUCGGCAUGCAGACACCAAGGAAAAACCUGAACAUGAAGGUGUAUGCAAACUCACUAAUCGGAGUAGGAAUCGCAUCGAGUUUGUAUCAUUCUUCAAGAGGGAAACUGAGGAAGUACCUAAGAUGGGCGGAUUACACAAUGAUAGCCACAGCGACAGUAUGUCUAUCGAGGGCUCUUAGGGAAGAGAACCCAAAGUUCUUGAUGGCUGCAUCAGCUUUGGCUUUACCGUUCCAGCCUCUCGUGGUCUCAGCUGUUCACACUGGAAUGAUGGAGGUCAUAUUUGCGAAAAGAGCACUAAAGGAUCCAGAUUUGAAAACGGCUCAUAACGUACACAAGAUGUCCACGUUGUUGGGUGGAGCUUUGUUCAUCGCCGAUGAUCUUUUCCCUGAAACACCAUUCAUUCACGCCGGUUGGCAUCUCGCUGCAGCCAUUGGCGUCGGAACUUGCAAUAAGCUUCUUCAGUAGCUCUCCACAGUAUCAUAUAUAUAAUCGAGUAAUUGUGGAAGCGCUGCCAUAUUCUUGGUUCGGAGAAACCACGGUUUCACUGAGCUCAUAAUCAGCCGACAUAACGAGUUACCAUUGUAGUCUUCUCAUCUUCAGUGUAUAAUGUAUGAAACCAAAACAAGUCGCUCUUGUAAUAUUGUAAAGACCAGUACUUUUGCUUUUCUCUCUCUAUAAUAUACUCUUAAAUUUUUCAACGAACACAAAAGUUACAAUACUUAUGAAUCCUGUAAGAGUUCCAUUAAAAGUAG